AAACACUGUAAAGAUUUUAAGGGUCUCCAGCAAAAGGUUACUACGAAGUGUCUGAAUUCUGAUAUAGGCAUAUGAUUUGUUACAAUAUCCUAUAGGAAAUGUAAAUAAAUUACGCUUCAUGGUAAUACUUUUUUAUUUGUCGGGAGCGCACGGCAUAUUUUUAUAAUUAAACGUAAUUGGGCGUUUUACCGCUCCGCGUUUUUGAAGUCGAACGUUUCAGUGGACUUGGACUAUUAGGAGUCUAGAUCCAUAAAACUUUCUUUCCUCUCAAAGCCAUCACGGUUUAAAAUAUGUUCCCUAACGGACCUACUUACCUGUGGUAGACGAAUUAGCUGACACACUUUCAGAUUCGAAACGAAAGUCUGACACUCACAGGCUCUUUGUUUGUUUGAACAUUUUUUUAUAUGAGUAGGUACGAACUAUGUUCUCAAUUACUUAUACAAGCAUACAAUGCAAAUAAAGCGAAUAAACGAAUCAUUCCAAAGUGACCGCGGCAUAUAGUAACACGUUGUCAUAACACGAUAAUCAGCAUUCAAUAAUUCACUUCAGAAUAGGUAUCUAGAAGUUUUUCGUGUAAGCUGACGUGUCAUAAUAACCAGUUGUGAUAUUCCAAUUAAAGAAGAACAUGGUCAAGGCCAGGAAAUACGUAGUCAAGCGUCACUUUGAAGGAGUUCCGAAACGCGAUGAUUUCGAUAUAGUUGAGAGCGAACUGCCACCAAUUCAGAAUGGUGAAAUUUUAGUGAAAACCGAGUGGGUCAGUGUUGAUCCCUACUUAAGAGCGUACAACACACGGUUUCCAGUGCCUUAUGAUCAGUUUUCUUAUCAAGUUGGAUUGGUGGAAGACUCGAAGGACCCUCGGUAUCCCGUUGGCAGCAGAAUUGUAUCACACAAGGGCUGGUGUGAUUAUAGUAUCAUAAACGCUAAUGUGUCUAAUUCUUCAGCAGAUAUAGUAUACAAGUUGCCUGAUUUAAAGGGACUAUCAAACUCUUUGGGUGUUGGAGCAGUGGGCAUGCCAGGUGCAACAGCUUAUUUCGGGUUUCUUGAAAUAUGUCAACCUAAAGCUGGAGAGACCGUUGUCGUCACCGGCGCGGCAGGAGCUGUGGGGUCUCUUGUGGGUCAAAUCGCUAAGAUUAAAGGUUGUCGAGUAAUUGGCUUUGCUGGCUCCGAUGAUAAAGUUAACUGGUUGGAAAAUGAACUCGGAUUUGACAGAGCGUUCAAUUACAAAACUGUUGACGUUCAAAAGGUGCUCAAGGAAGCUGCGCCCAAAGGCAUUGAUUGCUACUUUGAUAAUGUUGGGGGUGAAAUAAGCAGCAUCAUUAUAAACCAAAUGAACGACUUGGGAAGGAUCUCCGUAUGUGGAAGUAUAAGUACUUAUAAUGAUGACUUAUCUAAAUUACCAAAAGCUACAAUACUACAAGUAGCAAUAGUUAUGAAGCAACUGAAAAUAGAAGGUUUCUUAGUACCCCGAUGGAGAGAUAGGUGGCCAGAAGCAUUUGCGGAUCUAUCAAAGUGGAUUAAAUCCGGUAGUUUGAAAACUAGAGAGCACAUUACUGAAGGCUUUGAAAAUAUUGUCGAUGCAUUUGUAGGAAUGCUGAAUGGUGACAACACCGGUAAAGCUGUUGUGAAAAUAUAAUAAUAGAUUUAGAAAAGUGUAAGAUACAAAUUUUAAUAAUAUAUGGUCUAUAUA